AUGAGAAGCCAGAGUUACUUUAUGGUUUUGAUUAUUUGUGUUGUAGCAAUAAUUGGAUCAAGUGAUGCUGAAUUGAAGUUAGGUUACUAUGGUAAAAGCUGCCCAAAAGCUGAAGAAAUAGUUUUGAAGUAUGUUCAUCAACAUAUUCCUAAUGCACCUUCAUUAGCAGCUGCACUCAUAAGACUUCAUUUUCAUGAUUGCUUUGUUAGGGGGUGUGAUGCGUCUGUGCUUGUGAACUCAACACAAACAAAUCAAGCUGAAAAAGACGCUAUUCCAAAUCGUACGCUUCGAGGAUUUGAUUUCAUCAACACUAUAAAGAGUCUUAUUGAAGCUGAAUGUCCUGGCGUUGUUUCUUGUGCUGAUAUAUUGAGUUUGAGUGCUAGAGACUCAGUUCAUGCCAUUGGUGGACCUUAUUGGAAUGUUCCAAUGGGUCGAAGGGACGGAACCAUCUCUAAAUCAGCUGAUGUUUUUAUCACCCUUCCUGCUCCAUUUAACAACCUCACCACCCUCCUAACACUAUUUGGCAAUGUUGGACUUGAUGCUAAUGACUUGGUUUUGCUCUCUGGUGCUCAUACAAUCGGUGUUUCUCAUUGCUCAUCAGUGUCAAACCGACUAUAUAAUUUUACUGGCAAAGGUGAUCAAGACCCAGAUCUAGACAACAAAUACGCUACGAGUUUGAAAAAAUUUAAGUGUAAGAAUAUCAAUGAUCAAACCUCAAUUAUUGAAAUGGACCCCGGAAGUCGCAAUACAUUUGAUCUUGGCUAUUUCAAACAAGUAGUUAAGAGAAGAGGUUUGUUUGAAUCAGAUGUUGCAUUGCUUAAAAGUUCUACAACAAGAUCAGUUGUUGCACAACAUCUUCAAUCAAAUGAAAAAUUCUUUACUGAAUUUGCUAAAUCUGUGGAGAAAAUGGGUCGGAUAAAUGUUAAGAUUGGGACUGAAGGUGAGAUCAGAAAACAUUGUGCAUUUGUAAAUUAA